CUACUAUAGAACAAACUUUUUUGAAAACGUUUUGGAAAAAUUAGGUAGAAAGGAAUAAUGGACACAUAUAGAAUAGAUAGAUAAUCUAUUUCAACACUUAACGGACAGCUCCAAGUUACGAAAACUUGGUAAGUGAGGAACAGGAUAAACAUCUGGUAGUAAACAGGAACUGUUGAAAUUUUGAUGGACAUUGCAAUUAAAUAAGCGUCUUAUAGUUUGUGGAAAACUGCAGUCUUAUUGCAUUUGAUUAAACUUUGUUAUGUAAAUGUGUUUCAGUGAUGAAUCAAGCAGAAACCUUUGAGAAGAUUUUUAGGCAUUUGAAUUUAUAAACACUAACAGCAGAACUUCCAAAACUAAUUUGUGGAUUAAAUGAAAUUCUUCAAUGAGAAAGUUACAGUAAAACCUAAGAUGAAAGGGAAGAUCUAGGACCGACAAUGGGUCAGGAAGUGUCAGCAUACACAGAAAACUUACCUAACAUUGCUGUGGUACCAAACUUCCAACAGGUGCUGCCCCAUCUACAGAGGCUCAAACCCAAACUCAGGUUCAGUACAGAUGGAUUUGACCUUGAGAGGGAGUUAAGGAAGUGGCUGAAUUUGAGCAGAGAGGGAGAACACAGUGACAAUGAGGAGGGAGAUCAUGAGGGACCUGGUGAGGGAGACACGUGUCACUUGAGGGUGUAUGAGCAUUACAGGACACAUAUUGGAUCACCUUCCAUCAACAGACGAUCCUUCACACAGGAAGAAAUUAAUAGGUUUCUAAAAGAGAAUGAUGGAUUUCCAUUACCUUCUACAGACGAGGAAAUAAAAGCUUUUGACCAGCAAGCAUUCAUAGACCAAUCACAAAGCUGGGGAAAAGUUGGUUCGCUCAGACGCAGCAAGAAACGUGACAGACAAAGGUCAAAAUCGGCAACGUCUGUGCCAGACUUGGGAACAAUCAGACUUAAACUACAAAAACUUCACUCACCAGGAAGGCCAAAAUUCAUUGAGCACCUGAUAAACCGUGUAGUCUCCAAGCGAGUUAGUCAGCAAAACAGCAAUGGCUUGAUCAGCGCCAGUGAGGACCCUGUAGAGGUUCCGGCGGAACCACUUUCACCUGAUUCAGAAAAAUGUCUGAAGCAGGCAGAAGCCAUUGUUGAAGAAUUAUUAUCAUGCCCAAAUAGACCCGCAAGUGGGGAAUCUACCGAUUCUGGGAAAGGAUCAUCUUUAUUAGAAUCCACAAGCGAUUUUUCGCCAACCUCAAAAAGAAAAUCCUGGUCAACCCCUGCCUCACCUACUUUCCAUGGAAUUGUUAGAGAAAGAUUAAAAAGUUUUCAGGUCUUGAAUGAAUCAAGUGAUACAGAUUCUGUUUCCUCACAGGCUGGGAUACAUUCGCCUUUACACAAACAGAAAUCAUUUAAAAAUGAGGAGUUUGAUCAGGAAAUCAGAGAAAUGAACAAAAAUAGCAAACAGUUCCAUUGCUCUGAGUCUCAGGAUGCUAGUUUUAAUGCUGCAGUAAUGGAAGAAGGAUAUGUAAAAGCUCUUGUUGCAAAGAUUAAUGAGAAUAAGCUAAAACAAGAUCCGGAAAAGAAGAAUGAAAACACGGAAAAUGGUGAAUUAGUAAGUGAUGACCUUAAACUUAAAAUAGGUAAGGAGGAUUCAGGAUGGAAUGAAUGGGAUCAGCAAGAAUGUGAAAACGAAGGAAUAGAAGAGAAAGUAGGAGAAGCUGAAACUGAAACUGCAAAUAAAAGGACUAGUGGUAGUUUAGAUGAAGUUGAUGUAAGGUCUGAAAACACAGCACAUACUGCUUCUAUCAGAAGUUCUUGUUCAUCACCAGGAUCAUCAUCACGUGAAAAUUCUCGGACAAACUCUGUGUCUGACAGUGAUAGCCAUGAAGAAGAGGAGAAACCAAAGGACAGGCUACACCAGAUUGCACAUGAACUUCUUACAACAGAGAGGGCCUAUGUAGCUAGACUUAAUCUUCUUGAUCAGGGGUUCCAUUUUCGUGUUACCAUGGAGAACAAGCAUGGUAACUUUCUUCCGAAUGAGGCCGUCACUCAAAUGUUUUCAAACAUCAAGCCUAUAUACUUGUUUCACAAGGAUUUCCUUCUUCCCCACCUAGAGGAUAGAAUGCAAAACUGGUCUAAUGAACAGAAGAUAGGAGAUGUUAUGGCCAAACUGGCUCCUUUCCUGAAGAUCUAUACAGAGUAUGUGAAGAAUUAUGACAAAGCUAUGGCAAUGAUAGAGAAAUGGACAUCUCAGUCACCAAAGUUUGCUGCUCUGUUACAGGAGAUACAGCAAGGGCCAGAAUGUGGUCAGCUGACACUGCAGCACCAUAUGUUAGAGCCUAUACAACGUGUGCCUAGAUAUGAAAUGCUUCUCAAAGAUUAUUUAAAGCGAUUAGAGCCAGAUUCUGCGGACAGACCUAAUGCUCAAAAGGCCCUAGACCUUGUGACAGCAGCAGCCAGUCAUUCCAACACUGCUAUGAAGAAACUGGAUAAAUUUCACAAAUUAUUGAACAUUAUACCUCGACUGAAUGGUGAAGGGACCAAUGAUUUAGUGAGUCCAACCAGGGAACUUGUUAAAGAAGGGCCAAUCACAAAAAUUUCAGCUCGUAGCGGAGAAAAACAAGCUAGAUAUAUUUUCUUAUUCAACGAUUUACUGCUAGUAUGUUCAGAACAAAUGAUGGGCUCGUACAAACUACGGGCUCGGCUUAGUGUGGAGGGCAUGGAAAUAAGUGCAGGAGACAACCAAACCAUACAAAACACAUUCUGUGUGAAAUGUAUCGAAAAAACUGUAGAAUUUCUAGAUGAAGCAAACAAUGGUCAAGGAUUGGACUGGUUUGCAACAUUCCAACAAGUUGUAACAGACUUUCAUCAUAAAUCCAAGUUGUGUAGAGUAAGAUCAUCAGAAGCUGGGGACCAGUCUGCAGCAGAUGGACAUCCUGACUUGGCAACAGUAUCGUUAGGUUUAUCCACCUCGAUAUCGUCUAUUUUCUCUACAUCCACAUCUGCAAAGUCUCCGGGCAGUCAGUUAGGAUUGAAGUCACCACAGUGGGUAAAAGACGAGGAGGUGACCAUGUGUAUGGCAUGUCAGGACAAGUUCACUGCCAUCAAGAGGAGGCACCAUUGUAGAGCAUGUGGCAAGGUAUUCUGUGCAAAAUGUUCCUCAAGGAAAGCUCAGUUAGCCUAUGACAACAACCAGCUGAACAGAGUAUGUCAGAAGUGUUACGAGUUGCUGAAGAAAGGAAGUGUCAGUUCCCUUGAGUUAUCCACUGACUCGACCCCAACUUCACCAAAACCUGCUGUUCAGGUUUGUAAGAUUCACAAGGCAGACGAGGCAUCAGUUUUAAGUGGAUACCUUAAUGUGAUGGAUAAAGAUCAUAAAUGGACAAAGAAAUGGAUCACUGUCCAUGAUGACUUUGCAAUGUAUUUCUACAAGAAACAUAAAGAUGUAGCAGCCAUACAGACGUUACCAUUACCUGGCCAUAAAGUGAAAGCGAUUGGUGACUCGGCCGACCGUCCAAAUGUGUUCUCUCUUACCCACAAGGAUGUCAGUGUUUGUUACUUCCAGGCAGAUUCUGAUCUCCAGUUCUCACAAUGGCUGCGUGUCUUAGAAAAGAUGGUCAUAUUGGAGUUACCUAGCGAGGAGGAAAAACGCCUGUCCACACACUCGGACAGUAGUGGUCAAUCAAACAGUUCUGGCAGUUCAGGCCUUUCAUCCCAGUCAUAGCAUACUCUCAUAUUGCCAAAUUAUAUACAUUUCAUCAGAACCAUAGUUCAUUAAGAUUCAUUAUAUAAAAGAAGUAUAUAUUCAUUAGGAUAAGUCGGGUAAUUAGUACAUUAUCGCUGGAAGUCUUGACCCAUUUGUGGAAAUGUUCCAAGACAGUUUUUGUGCAAGUGGCAGGAUGUUUCGACUGACUUCUAUGACAUUUAGACAAUAGAACAUAAAAGAUCUUACUGGUACUUGGCUGCUUUUUGAAAUCUUACAUGGAUCUCAAGGCUUAUUAAUGUUAAAAAAAGAACAGUGUUUAUAUUGCGAGAGCAGAUAGAAAAGUUAUUCAGCAUUAGUUAAGGAAAACUUUCAGCUUGGCUUAGCUUCUUACAAAUAUGCUGCUUCUUUACGUGCUUUCUGCUUGCAAAAUUUAUUCAGGAUUACAAGAUUUAUACCAGAAGAAGCAAGAAGAACUGUUGGAUGUCUUCGGUUCAGUUAGUUGCAGUUUUGUGUACAAGUUGAAGGUGAAUAUUAUGGAAUUAACCAUCCCUCAUUGAUGAAUCCAUCUUGUGUUUGUUUCACUUAGUAAAAAAUACAUGUACAAUCAAACCUGUGAUUACAAUGGUUAACUAGAGUUCAAAGGGCAUCAUUUUCUGCCCCUCUUUAUUUGUAAUUUUUUACCAUACUGUUUACACAUGUAAUAGACUAGAUAUUGCUGCAUGCGUCGGGAGUUCUCCUGGCAGGCAGAGAAGCAUGUAUGCAAGUUGGUAUCGGGGAUAGCUCUUUUCUCAUGGAAACUAUUUACUCUAUAAAACUUUUAACAUUACAUGCCAAAUAUUUCACACACAGUAAUGUACCAUAACUUCAAAAAUUCCAGUUAAAAGACAUUUUAAGAAUGUGUUUUCGAAAGCUAUAUUGUAUGGACAACUAGAUAAAACAGACUGCAUACAUGUAUAUCUAUUUGACAUCUCUUUAUAGAAGUGAUUCCAUACAAAUAAAGAAGUGCUAUUGUGGUGAACGAUUUUGUCGCAUUUGAAUUAUUUUAAAUCUUCUGUUUAGUUGUAAACUGUAGUAAGCAACAUUGUGCUUUUCUGUUAAUUGUUUUGUUAUAUAUAGUUUUAAACAAGAUAUUCUGUGAUCUUAUAAUUAUGAUGUAUAUUUAUGUGUCCAAUGAAUUAUGUUGUAAUGUUUGCUUGCAGUAAAUUCGGAAUAUGUAUAUUAAGUGAUAAUCUAUACUGAAUGUUGUUUAAUUACUUGAAAUUGAGGUAGCUAUAUAUGUUUGAUAAACUGGAAGUCCAAUUUAUCUGGAUAACCUGGAGGAACGCAAAGAUCUGGCAUAUAGUGCCACAAUUAAAUGGCAGCACAUGCGUUAAUAAAUAUCAGUAGCAUGUAUUAUCAGCAAUAAAUAUAACAAAAAAUAUUGACAAAUGAAAAUAACAUGAGCCGUGCCAUGGGAAAACCAACAGUGGGUUUGCGACCAGCAUGGAUCCAGACCAGCCUGCGCAUCCGCGCAGUCUGGUCAGGCUCCAUGCUGUUCGCUUUUAAAGCCUAUUGGAAUUGGAGAAACUGUUAGCGAACAGCAUGGAUCCUGACCAGACUGCGCGGAUGCGCAGGCUGGUCUGGAUCCAUGCUGGUCGCAAAGCCACUAUGUUGGUUUUCUCAUGGCACGGCUCACAUAUAAAAUCAGUUUGUAGUUUGUGGUAGUCUUUUAUUCAUAGCAAAUAUCUCAAAUUGAGCAUAACAGAUAGAAAAUGUGUUAAUUUACAACUAGAUGUUGUGUACACGUAUGAAAAGCUUUAAUAGGUCCAGGGUAUAUGACAGAAUCUGAUUGCUGUUACAGAGCUUUUGUGAAAACAAUUUGAUUAUAUGAAUACUUUAAGGUACAUGUCUGUAAAAUAAUCUCACUUGCCUGAAAAGUAGCCGUACUCAGCAUUUCCAUUCUUAACUAAGACUUGUGAGAACACAGUAAAGAAAUUAGAGGCUGUAUGAGACCUUGCAAAUUUAGGUGAUUUCAGUAGUGCCUGGUCAAAGACAAACCUGGUCCAAUAAUGUGCAUACCAGUUUAAUAAAACUUGGGCUGAAAUCAUCCCCCAAAAAGGAAGAAAUAAGCCAGUUUACAGUAAUAAGGUAAUUAUAUACAGACAUAUAUAUCAAAAGAUUGAAAAUCAACAUCAAAUACUUUAUUUGCUGUGCUGCUAUUGCAUUGUAAAUAACCUUGUCUAAACAUGCACCAAGUUCAUUUCCAGGAAAAGUUUCAAAUCUCAUGUACAUACACAUGUAUUGUGCAGUAGAAACCCAAUAUGCUGCAGCUUGAUAAAACAUACAUUGCACAUUCAUUUGUUAUUUUUUUCAUGGAGUCAUCAUUUUAGUUAUUUUUUUAUGUUGAAAUUAUUGAUGUAAUUUCAUAAUAUGUACUAAUAAAAUCUGAAAUUGUU